UCUGAAAUGGCUUCAGACAUGGAAUAUGCUUUCUCGUACCUGAGAGAGCGCAGCAAGUACUUCAGACUUGACAUAAUCUUGUUGUACUUCACCAUCCCUGCUUAUAUCUACUAUUUCGAGAUGAGGGUGUUUGACUCAGAAGACUUAGCGGCAAAUUUUUCCUUAAUGGGACUCUGCUCGUUCCAUAUGCUCUUGUUCUUCCUGCCCUUCUGGUCAAAUGCGAUCAUGGCGAAGUUCCAGUAUUCAACUUGCAGCGACAUCGAGCAUGCAACUCAUAUAUAUGUCAAGGCAUUUAACAAGAAGCAGCAUACUACGCACACAGCAAUAGUUCCUGUUUUGUAUUUCGAAGAUAGCUAUUCCAACACAGAUGACUCCCAAUGUUACAUCGAAUACAAGAAGAAAAAGUUUAUUUUCGGCAAGAACCAAGAAGGAGACUACGACUUUCAUGGCCUAAAAUUCCCUGAGCACGAGACUUUCGAAUUCUACAGCAAGCAAACAGGAUAUAUGAAGAACAGAGAGGUUGAAAAAGCAGAGGAAAAAUAUGGAAUAAAUGAACUGGAAAUCCCCUUGCCUGACUUCUCAGAAAUUUUCAAGGAGCAUAUGGUUGCUCCAUUCUUUGUAUUCCAGAUUUUCUGUACCUUACUAUGGCUGAUGGACGAGUACUGGUACUACUCCCUUUUUACCUUGGCAUUAUUAAUGUUUGCUGAAAGCACAGUCGUAUUCCAAAGGAAGAAGAACAUGGAGAGACUCAGAGCAAUGAGGAUUCACCCGUUCGAUCUCUACGUGUUAAGGAAGGAAGAAUGGGUUCUCAUCUCAUCCCAAGAUCUUCUCCCAGGAGAUAUAUGUCUGCUCAAUACUAACAGAAAGAAGACUAAGAAAGAGGCUAAAAAGGAAGAAAAGAAAGCAAUUAAAGAAGAAAGCAAGGACAACAAGGACGAUAAGAAAAAUGAUAAAGAUAAGAAGAAAGAUAAAAAAGAACCUGAACAGAAGAACUAUAUUCCAUGCGAUAUGCUAGUGCUUCAUGGGAACGGAAUCGUUGACGAAUCUAUCUUGACAGGUGAAUCAGUCCCUCAAGUAAAAGAAUCUAUCACAUAUCGCGACCCUAAUGAGAAGUUAGAUGUUGUCGAAAAACAUAAGAUGCAUAUACUUAAUGGGGGGACUGAACUUGUACAGACCUAUGCCAUGCCUCAGCUUCCUAAGCAUAUUCCGAAACCUCCAGCUAACGGAAUUGUAGGAUAUGUCCUCAGAAACGGAUUCGCAACCAAAAAGGGUAAACUGAUGAGAACAAUUCUUGACACCACUGGAAGAGCAACAGUUGAAAGCAAAGAAGCAUACGUGUUCUUAUUUAUCCUCUUUAUAUUUGCAUGUGUUUCUUCUGGAUAUGUCUUAAACGAAGGACUAAGAGAUGAGAGCAGGAACAAAUACAAGUUACUGCUAAGAUGUAUUAUAAUCUUGACUUCAGUCGUUCCUCCAGAACUUCCAAUGGAACUUUCUUUAGCAGUAAAUUAUUCAAUGAUGGAGAUUAUCAAAAAGUUUAUUUUCUGCACUGAACCCUACAGACUUCCUUUAGCAGGAAUGAUAGAUGUCUGAUGAUAUGACAAGACUGGAACUCUUACAGCAGAUGAGCUCAUUGUUGAAGGCUGAGUAGGUAUCGACCCUAACUGAGGAAAAGAGAUUCUUCCCAUCAAAGAAUUAGAAAGUAAAAACAUCCAUUCUAUCCAUAUAAUUGGAGGAUGUAAUACUCUCGCUCAGGUCGAUGGAAAACUCAUCGGAGACCCACUUGAGAAGAGUGCCUUUGAAGCUAUAAAAUGGGAGAUCGAGCCAAAUAGCAACCUGUUCCAAGUUCCAGGAGGGAGAGUUAGGAUCUCAACCCAAAAGAAAUUCUUAUUCGACUCUACUCUCAAAAGGAUGUCUACUAUUUCCGUGAUUAAAGAAGGUAAGAGCCAGAGAACUAAGGUGUUGUGUAAGGGAGCUCCAGAAGUCAUCAGCAAAUUGCUCUCCAAUAUCCCUGAGAAAUAUGAGGAAUACUGCAAUUAUUAUGUAAAGCACGGCUACAGAGUCAUUGCAAUGGCUCAUAAGAUCAUACCAGACAAUCUAAAGGCUGAUAAAAUUAAGAGGGAAAUGGCUGAGAAGGAUCUAGAAUUUGAUGGAUUCCUCAUCUUCCAGUGUCCAAUGAAGGAAGACACUAAAGAACAUAUCAAUAAAAUCAUUGAUGCUGAUUGUAAAGUAAAGAUUAUCACUGGGGAUAACAUCCUGACUGCUGCUUAUGUUGCUUCCAAGCUCAAUAUUGUCAGGAAUAAUGACAAAGACGAGAAGGAAGAAUCAGUUGCGUUUGCAAAAAUUGAUGAGGAGAAAAAGUGCAUCAACUGGAUGGAUUACGACAAUAACAAUGUCAGCACAAGCCACUUCAAGCUGAUGAACUUUAUCGCUAUUGAAAAGAUGUCCCAGAGCUAUAUCCUUUGCAUCGGAGGGAAAGAGCUGGACCUUGUUAUUUCCAUGAUGGACCCUAAAGAUAUUUCAAAUUUGAUAUACAAUAUACACGUGUUUGCAAGGACAUCACCAGCCCAGAAAGAUUAUAUCAUCAGAAUGAUCAACAAACUGGGUAAAUACACUGCAAUGUGUGGAGAUGGUACUAAUGACGUCGGAUCACUUAAAAGCGCCACAAUAGGAAUCGCGGUCCUCAAUGGGAAGGUCAAGAAAAAGGAAGAAGAAAAAGAAGAGGAAAAGAAGCAAGAUGGAGAGAUAGUUGAAGAAGAAAAGAAAGAGCCCAAACUUAAGUCUCCAAUAUGGUGGCCAAGCCAGCAAGAUUACCAAAGAAUGUCAAUGGCAGAGAUCAGAAAGAAGCAGCAAGAGCAUAUGCAGCUUUAUAUGAAACAGAAUAAGGGCAAAAAGGGAUCACCUUUUGGCAACAUGAAUGACCUUAUGAUGGAUUCUACUAUGGCGGAACUUGGAGAUGCAUGUAUUGCUGCUCCCUUUACUUAUAAAUUUGAGUCUAUGAGUUGUGUAAACACUGUAAUCAGCCAAGGAAGGACUACUAUAACUACUACUUAUCAAAUGUACAAGAUUCUCGCUCUGAACUCAAUGAUUUCAGCAUAUUCGAUGAGUACACUCUAUCUUGAUGGUGUUAAAAACGGAGAUUUUCAAAUGACGAUGCUUGGAAUGGCAAUGGGUAUUCUUUUCUUACUAAUCUCCCUGAGUAAACCCCUAGAAAACCUAUCAAAGCUAAGACCACCAAAGAGUAUUUUCUCCCCUAGCAUUGUAAUUUCAGUUCUCUUACAAUUCACCUUCCACUUUGUGACUUUGGUAUACAUUGUGAGUGCAACUGAUCCAUUCAUUAUCCGUGAUGAAUCAACAAAGCCAGAUACAGAUUUCAAACCAAAUCUUAAAAACAAUGUGGUUUUCCUUUACUCUUGGACAAUGACAGCGACCACAUUCCUAGUAAACUACGAAGGAGCUCCAUUCAUGCAGUCAUUCAAGGAAAACUCUAAACUAUUCAAAGGAAUCUUGGUUAUGUAUGGUAUUGCUCUGGUGGCUAUCCUUGACUUCUCAGACACUAUUCGUGAGAACUUUGAGCUAGUUCCAUUCCCAAAUGAGUCAAUCCAACAGAAGAUCAUCAUUGCCUUGACUAUUGACACCAUCCUCUGCAUUGUUUGUUGCGAAGCAGUCAAGAGAAUUAGCCGUAAGCUUCAACUCUCCUCUAAGAGCAAUUAAGGCCAGCCAUUA